GUCUUUGUCACCGUUACUGCGAGCAGCACUGUGCAGUAUGGUGCAUGUCACUUGCACCAGUCGGUCGUGAGAAAGGGACGGAACAAGUGUCGUGGGAAUAUGGCGGCGCAUUAGAACAUGCCACAGUGAUGCAGUUAACGCGCAACGAGAUCGUUCGUAUCAAGUGACCAAAGAAACCGUGGCCUCGCACGCUAAAAAUCCGUCUGGCCAAAUGACAUGGGAAUUUGUAAUCGAAGGCAUUUCCUAUUGACAAUAUGCAUCUUACAACUCAUCACUACAGUAGAACGUCAGGUCUUCGACUUUCUGGGCUUUAUGUGGGCCCCGAUACUGGUCAAUUUCUUUAACAUUAUAUUUGUAAUCUUAGGAUUUUUUGGGGCUUUUCAAUAUAGACCAAAAUAUAUUAUAUCUUACUGUAUAUGGAAUACACUGUGGUUGGGAUGGAAUAUAUUUAUGAUAUGUUUCUAUCUUAAUGUAGGUGUAUUGGAUAAAAAUAGUGAUAUUUUAAAUCUUGGUACUGGUAGUUUUUCUUGGUGGCAUGUCAAUGGACCAGGUUGCAAAGCUAUUUAUGAUGUUACUGAACCAGAAUUAUUUCGACCUGCCCGACCAACAAAUGUAACAGAUUGUGUACUAGAUUAUGAAAUAGUUGAAAUUUUACACGCAUCUACUCAAUGCAUCUUAGGUUUUAUUGCAAUAGUUGGUGGUAUUUAUCUAAGUAAAGUUUUUUUGGAGGAAGAUGAUAGCUUUGACUUUGUGGGAGGUGAUGACUUUGGGUUGGCAGGCCACACGCCGUUGCAUCCUAUGUACGUUAGCUACUCGGCUCUUCCAUCACCUGCUCACCCUCACAAAAAUUCCGCUCAAAAUUACCCCGCAGGCACAGCUAGCUCUCAUCAAUCCGUUUGUCACGAUACCAGCUUCCCAAAACAUAACGAUAAAACGUUUAACAGCUCUGGACGAAGUAAAUGUAGCUUCAGAAACGACACGAUCAAAACUGAUCGAACCAAUCUGUCCAAUCGCGACUUGAAGUACGUUGAUUACUCGAACGACUAUUCAAAUCCGUUGGAUCAUUUGCAAAGGCCUGUGUCCCCUUAUGACGAGUACGAUUCGUUGGACAGUGCCGCUAAAUUAAAAUAUCAAAAAAACAAAUUGUAUUAUCCGCACUCGUCCAAGUAUAGUCCCGUUGCAUCACCGUGUGUCAAAUCUCGACCUGCCGCUGCAAAGCAAAAUAAAGCCUCCAACAAGCCUAGAGUCUUUAUCGAUCAUGUUCGCGAACAGCCGAUGAGGUCGUUUUAUUCUGAUCCGAGAUUGGCAAUUGAAAAUCAACAGAAUGUGAAUGACCAAGAGAAACAGAAUAGGUCUAAAAGAGAUAGUAGACCUUUAUCUUUAUAUGCCACCCAAGCUAAACGGAAGAAGAAGCAGCCGAGGCCGUUGUACAGCAUCGAGUACUCGCAGCCAGAACCGGCGAUCCACGACGACAGCGUGUCCCCAAAGCCGAUGACGCCUCGAAGAGUGAAGAGGAGGUCCGUGAUCUCGCGCGACGGGACGAGGAGGUCGAGCAGGAGGAGCUCGGUGAGGCAGUCGCGCAGGAAGAAUCCCGUGAACAGGAUAAUGGACCACCAGGAGAGCCUGUACGCGAACACGACCGCCAGCAAUCUCACGAAUCAGAACGUGAACUCGUUGUCCCAGGGCACUCUCAACUACGACCGUAUCUCGAUGAGUUGGGACAGGGACAGGAACUCGAACUGGCAGCCGGAAGCUGUCAACAUGGCCGUCUCCUCCCCCGCGCUGUGGAACAAUANCCCUUCGAGCCAACAGGAUUCGUCGAACAAUUACUCGAACUCUGGGAGCGGCAACGAUUACACGGCCGCUGGCCAGACUUAUCCCAAUUGGGACGCGAACAGCUCGACCAGAAACCUGACCGACAAUUGGCAGCCGGGCGAGUUGAGCCCGAUGCAGUGGCAGGGCCAGAGCAACCCCACCUUCCAGCAGACGAGCACCCAGAGCUUGAACGGGGAGGAUUUGGAUGACAUUUACAACAAUCGGCCGGCGAGCGCGAGGUCGAGUUACAGCAAUUAUCACGGGGUAAGGGCCACCCCCCAGGUUCCGAACAGGACCGAUAUAGUCAGGCAGAGCCAGAGACAGUUCGUGCUCAGCGGGCCUCCNNCUUAUCAGGACACCGUGAUAUGAGGGAGAAGAGAUGGAA